AUGUUCAAUCAGUGGCCGAAUAUGAAUAAUCUGCCACUCAUGCUGCCCCAACUGUUUUCAAUGCAGCAGCAGCAGCAACAACAGCGUCCGACAGCGGCCCCCAACGUUCCAUUCAACUGGAUGGGGCUCCAGAUUCCUCAACCGUUCAAUAAUUUAUUCAAUGCAGCCGGUACUCCAGCGAUGGCAAAUAGCGCGAAUUUAAGUUCCACUAUCAAUCAACAAAAUCAGCCAAAUCCUAAUAACUUCCCUCCUAAUAACUUCAAUAUGUUGAAUAAUUUUGCAAUGGGUGGGGUCGGAAGUGCCAGCACCAUAAACAGAUUUAUGGCCCCGCUACCUCCUGCGUCUGAUCCUCCCAGGACCCAGCCCCCUCCUCCGCCAGAUCCAGCUUCUCAAAAUGCAUCCCAGUCUUCUUCUGCCAUCAGCACGUACGAUGGUAACAAUGGUAUCAACAAGAAUAUGAGUGGCAGUAGCAAUCAACAGUUUGGAGCCACUAAUAGCAGUCAGUACAAGAUGAAUUGGCAGACGUAUCAAGGUGGGGAGGAUCAGAAGGUGCAUUGUAGUGAUCCUGUAUUGGGUGAGGGAAUUUAUUCUUAUUUACAUUUCAUGGUCAUUAUUUAUUCAUCAUUUAAUUAUAUUCUAUAA